AUGUUUCAGAAGAUGCUCAAUUAACAAUUGAAGAAACAAUCGGAAGAAUAAAACAGAAGAGUAGUUACAGAAGUGGAAGAAAUGGAUAAGGAGAUUAAAACAUUAUAGGAUAUUUCAAACCUAAAAGCUCGUUUAAAAAUGAAUCAAAUGGCCAAGUAGCCUUUUAAGAAAACCAAGGAAGAGCCCACGACUUCUAUUUAUGUGGGGAAGUUUGAAAAUCAACUAAAAUCAUUCCAACAAUAGACAAUCAAAAAACAGUCUCGCAAACCUCUUUCGAUUGAAAAGAAUAGCACCAAAUCUGUGUUGAUGCCAGCAACAACUGAAAGAUAUGAUUAUAGCAAUUUUACUUACACAAAUCUGAAAGUUGUUGGCAGCGGAUCGUUUGGAGUUGUUUACAAAGCUAAAGUGAAUGAGACUGGAGAAAUAGUAGCCAUCAAGAAAGUCUUACAAGACAGAAGAUAUAAAAAUAGAGAACUUUAAAUCCUCCAAGAAUUAGAUCAUUAGAAUGUAUUGAAGAUGAAACAUGCUUUCUACACUCCAGCAGAGAACAAAGACGAAAGUUACUUAAAUGUAGUAAUGGAGUACUUCUCAGACACUCUCUAUUCCUAUAAUAAGUCAUUUAUUAAGGAUUUCAAGAGGAUGCCUGAACUCUUAGUUAAAAUCUUUAGUUAUCAAUUGCUCAGAUCCAUAGCUUAUAUUUCAAUUUUGGGAAUAUGUCAUAGAGAUAUCAAACCACACAAUGUUUUAGUUAAUCCAGAAACCAAUAAAUUAUAGUUAUGUGAUUUUGGAAGUGCCAAGAGAUUGAUAUCAGGGGAACCAAAUAUCGCCUAUAUUUGCUCAAGAUGUUACAGAGCCCCAGAACUCAUAUUUGGAGCGACUGAUUAUGACACCUAAAUUGAUGUUUGGUCUGUUGGCUGUGUCAUUGCUGAAUUAAUUAAUGGAGAACCAUUAUUUUUAGGAGACUCGGCUGUUGACUAAAUGGUUGAAAUCGUAAAAGUGCUUGGCACACCCUCUAAGGAGUAGAUCUUAAGCAUGAACAAAAACUAUGAUAUGUAGCAGUAUUAAUUUGCUGCUAUAAAGUAAAGAGAUUGGAGAAGAGUAUUGAAAACUAAAGAUCCAAAAGCUAUAGAUCUAGUCUCAAAAUUAUUGACUUACUGUCCUAAAACUAGAUUCACUCCUCUUUAAUCUUUGGCACAUCCUUAUUUCGAUGAGUUAAGAGAUUAAUUUAAAGCUAUCUAAAGCACAAUCAAACUUAGUGCCUCUGAGCUCUUUGAAUUUUCAAAUGAAGAAGCAUCUAAAAUGACUUAAUAAUAAAUGAUUACAUUAAUACCAGAUUGGUAUUCUAAUACUUCAAAACCUUUAAAAACAGUUUGCUGA